AUGGAAUCCGAAGUCAUCAAGGUGCUGCUUGUCGGUGAUGAAAAGAGACUCGGCGCAGGAGAGAAUGUGAAUCCCAUUCCUCUCCUACGUGAUAUCGACCAGCCCUUCAUCUUCGAGAUCAAGCUCUCAAGUGCGGAGUAUCGCCUGGAGUUUUACGACACAUCGAGCCCAGAGAACUGGCGGACGUUGGAUCCUGACAUUGUGACUAUAUGCUACGAUAUCAGCCAGCGAAUGAGCAUGAUUAAUAUGAAGAGAUAUACAAUGGCUUAUACAACAAUGUGCGGAUCGCAGUGGAUAGAUGAAGUCAAGAAGAGCCUCCAGAAGAUUGACUCGCUCCCCAUUAUCAUAUUAGGUCUGAAAAGGGACCUCAGAUCGGAAGAUGAUCCGAAUGGUAUCAUAUAUCCACAGGAAGGGUAUCAAGCCGCUCAGCAGCUCAGAGCUGACCGGUACAUUGAGUGCUCAGCGGUAACCGGAGAGCUCCUGAAGCUGGCGUUUGAAGAUCUUUGCAAGACUGCUAUAAAAUGCAAGUCGGCAGCGGGUGGUCAGAGCGAAGGUGGCUGCACCGUCAUGUAA